AUGAGUUUCCGUUAUCAGGAUGUCGGGAACACUAGGAAUUGUGUCGAGACCGUGGAUAUCAAGGCCAUGAGGCGGCACUAUCUUCAAGAGCGACGGUCCGACAAGUAUAAGGACGCCAUCCGCCAGCACUACUACCACCGCCAGUCAGCAAGCACUGGAGUCAUCUUCAAGCUCUCAACAUCCAAGAACGAUGCCACGGGGGCCUCCAAGGAGAAGAGGAGAUUUUGA